UGCAGUGUUUCAUGACAAAAUUCAAAAUGACGAGCUUGGCGAUGAGGACCUCAGCUUUGAAAUCAAGCAUGCCCAGAAGACGAUUGAACGCCAAUUGCAUCGAAUGGUCGAACCAUUGAACAUGAAUCGCAAAGCAUCCAAGGCUGAGCUAAGCCGAAUGGUCAUUGACUCGGAAUCUAGUUCCGAUAUGGAAUAUAAUGGCAAUGAAUCGUUCGAUCGUGGACUAUUCAAAAAGUCCAGGCAACCAGUGACGAUAAACAUUGCACCGAGUAAGACUGGAACGCAAACCGUCAAUAUCAUUCUCAACGAUGGUUCAGUGUCGAAGAAACCCGCUGAGAAUCUGGUGAUUGAAUCGAAAAUUGAUCGUGGCCACAGCCAAAUUGUCGAUCAAUUGACGGCUGUGGAACGGCAUCCAACAUCGAUUGAACAGACAGAAAGCAGAUCCAGUCAGGGUGAUCGCGCUCAGAAGCGUAACCAUGGAACCGACAAAGAUCGCAGUCCAGAGACAUCAAAGCGUAAAAAGUCGGAAAACGAGAGUGAACGUGAGCAUAGACGUGGCUAAGAAGUUGAGCUCAGCCCAGAGGUAGAGCAGCGUAAGAGGCACAAAUCGAAUGUGAACCCGUCACCUGAACGUCCAGCUCGCAUCAAGUCAGUCAUUCAGAAAAAGGAGGCGUCGAGCAAAGCUCACAAAGCGCAUAAUCUUCGCAGAAAAUAAGCAAAGACCACAGCUGACAGCCGAUAGCCCUCAAGAUUCAAAUACGACAAAUCGAAUUGAGUGUCAUCAGUGUUCCAUGACGGGAUUUCCAUCUUUGACAUGCGAAACACCGACAACUUCAUGCUGAAGCCGUUUCAUUCAGAGCAAAUGUCAAAGCGAAACACCACUUGGAUAUCACAAGAGUGUAACCAUUAGGAAGAGAUUUAAACUGAAUAAGGAGAUCAUUCGCCGAAAAUCGAUUGCAUAUCGCCACAAUUAACACAUUUUCACUUAAAAUUCAAUUGGAAUCGUUCCCAUUGCCAAACGUUUGAUUGCAAUAUCGAUAGAUUGACUUGGAAAAGCAUUCUCACAGAACCAACCCGAACCAAAGUGUGUCGAUUAUUCUGAAAGCCAAAGUCAAAGCGAUCAAAAUGUCAUCGUCACCAAGUCAAGGGCCAACGCCAGAGCGGACUGCUAACUUCGAAUGCGAUAUUUUGUCGAUGAUCGGAAGACGAUUGUACCUCGAUGUCGAUACAGCUGACGUGUGUUUUGUGUUCAAGACGGGUGAACGGGUUCCCGCACACAAAGCCCACUUGAUUUUGGCAAGCGAAGUUUUCCGGACAAUGUUCAACGGUUCAUGGAAGGAGAAAAACGAAGUACAGAUCGUCGACACGUCAGUUGCUGGCUUCAAGGAAUUUCUUCAAUUCUUCUACUGCACCAACGUCACGCUGACGAUGGGAAACGUUAGCGAGGUCAUCAACUUGGCCAAGAUGUACGAAAUCACCGGUUGCCUGAACAUUUGCUGGACAUUUUUGAAACAAAAUGUGGCGGACAACAAUGUAUGCGAAUUGUAUGACUUGACAAUUUUCUACGAGGAAAACGAACUAAAGGAAUUGUGCAAGCAGCACAUCGGCAGCAACACGGCGGCUGUGUUCGAAUCGGACGGAUUCGUGGGAUGUCAUCGUCGCGUUUUGGAUCACAUUCUCAAACAAGGUGAAUUGUCGUGUCCAGAAGCGGUCGUGUUUGAAGCAGUUAUGUCGUGGGUAAAAGCUGCCAGCAAACAAGUGGACUUGACGAAGGAAAUCGUACAAACUCAUCUCGGGGAUUUGUUCCACGAAAUUCGUUUUCGAUCGAUGACAUAUGAUCAAUUCGUCGAUCUAUUGCCUUCGUAUGGCAAAUUGUUUACGGGAGAUGAGUUCAACGAAAUACUCCAGAUGAUUCGAAAUGCAGAAUAUGAACCGAAGAUGUUCAAUGCACUACCUCGUAAAGCUACAACACUGCCAUGGGAUGAAAGGGCUAUCAUAAAAUGUGACCGUUUCAUACAACGUCCAGGAGAUGAAUCGUAUCGCCUUCAGAAGAUUGAAAUCACAUCAUUCACCACAAAUAAACCAAUAUUGUUGGGCUACUUCAUGUGUGCUCCCAUAUUUAUAUAUAAAAAUGGUCAAUAUGAACGCCUGCAAAAUGCUCUACCGGCAGAUCUGACCAUCGUUAGAGUUUCAAAUCGGAACGAAUGUCAAAGUGAAAUAUCUGAAUGCACGGUUUUACACACCAUGAAAGUUGAACUGACGGGAGAUUAUACUAAAAAUUCAAUCAAAAUCUCCAAGCCAAUCAUCAUUCGUCCCGUAUCUAAGUACGAGAUUCGAAUGAAUAUAGACAUUUCGGAAGGUUGCUUUACUCGUUGGAACCUGAAGUCGGAGGUGAACCUACAAAAUGGUAUCAUUGUAACAUUCCAUAAUGAUCCUUUGGUAAGCGGUGAAAACAUGGGCCUGGUUGAUGGGCUUGGAUUCAAUCGCAUUGAAUGAUCAAUCUUUUAUAUUACUUGCCUCGAAAGAAAAUCGAAACUAAUUAUUGAUUGUUUACAACAAAUAAGUCACAGAAUAAAAAUAACAAUUAAAAUAUUGGAA